UUUCAGUACUGGCAGUGAAUAUUGAAAUGCAGCCUAAAUUCACUAGUGCGCAUGCGUCAGAAAAAUCUACGCUUGGAAUUACUGAAUCUGCACGAGGUCUUCGAAGGAAAUAAGGGAAAACAGUUUGAAAGUGAAUAAAAGUGCUACAAUUUUAUUAAAAAGAUACUAUGAAGGUAAAAAAUAAUUUACGAAGAAAUCCUCUAAGUCGACCUAAAGAAGAUGUUGAUGAGACGAAUAAUAAGGGCCAAGAUGAACAGAGCACCUCGGCAAGUAAAACGUCAGAGGUUCUGCUACCUUCCCAUAAUAAUUUUAAUGAUAUUAAAUGCAAAGCUGUAAGAUAUAAAAAAUGCCAGCAACUGAUGAAGGAGAAAAUGAAGGCGAAAAAAGCGGCCAAAAAGGCAAGGAUACAAGAAGGUGCUCCAAAACAAGUACCGCACACUAUAGAGAGCUUGCGAGAGAAAGAUGAGACUAUGAUUGUAUCCAAUGAUUUGAAUGAUGAAACGAAUCAGGAACUUAAAGUUGAAUGUGAGCAUGACGAAUUUGCUGCCUACUACAGACAGGAUUAUGAGCCCAAGGUUCUCAUUACAUACGCAGACAAUCCUAACAGAAAAACGAGAAUUUUUGGCAGAGAGCUCACAAGGAUAAUACCUAACUCCCUCUCGCUAUAUAGAAAUCGUUCCGGUGUUAAGAAGAUGGUGAAAAGCGCUGUUGCCAAGAACUUUACAGAUAUAGUAAUUGUUAAUGAAGAUCAGUGCAAACCAAAUGGAAUGUUAAUCAUUCACCUGCCAGAUGGUCCUACUGCGCACUUUAAGCUCAGUAAUGUCAAAAUAACAACAGAAUUGAAGCGUAAUCACAAGGAAAUCACAGAACAUAGGCCAGAAGUUAUUCUAAAUAACUUUUCUACACGUUUAGGAUUUACUAUUGCUAGAAUGCUGGGAGCAUUAUUUCAUUAUCAACCAGAAUUUAAAGGAAGAAGAGCUGUGACAUUUCAUAAUCAAAGAGAUUAUAUAUUUUUCAGACAUCAUAGGUACGAAUUUAAUCUUAAGACAGGAAAACCAAGAUUACGAGAAUUGGGUCCACGAUUUACUUUGAAGUUAAGAUCAUUGCAACAUGGAACGUUUGACAGUAAAUAUGGGGAUUAUGAAUGGAUUAUACAGGGUCGUAGACACGAUAUGGAAACAAGCAGAAGAAAAUUCUUCUUGUAAAUUUUGUAUGAAAUUAAGUAAAUUAUUAAUGGAAGAAACGUUUUGUCGUAAAAUUUGAUCACAAUUAUACAUGAAAUAAACUUUAUUAAUUUC